UGGAGGUGUGUGGCCGUGAUUUGGGAUUUGCAAUGCACACGAUUUGCAGAUAUAAAAGCGAGUGGGCGCCACCCAAAGACAUACACUCCACCCUCACCUGCCUAAACGACAACAAGCACCAUGAACGCUCUCUUGGUUUCCUGCCUGGCCAUUCUGGCUGCCUGCGCCUCUGCCUCCCCAUCGGCCGUGGCCACUUCUUACUCCAAUUCAUACCUGGGGGCCGGUCUAGGCGGUUAUGGUGGUUACGGCGAUGAUUACAGCUAUGGAGGAUAUGGCUAUGGCAAGGGAUACGGCGGCUACGGCAAUGGACUCGGAUACGGCGGACUUGGAUAUGGAGGAUACGGCUAUCCCUACGGAAAGGCCACUUCUUACGCCAACACUCACUCAAUCGCCCUGGCCGCGCCUCACUAUGGUCAUGGAUAUGGCGCUGGCUACGGAGCAGCUCCCUAUGGAGGCUAUGGAGGCUACAGUGCUGGACUUGGAUCUGAAUACGGAUCUCACUAUGGCGGAUACCACUACUGCACAGCCUCACCAAAGCAUCAGUUUGUCAGCAGCACAAGCCAUCAACCAACCAACAUGAAAUUCCUGGUUUGCAUCGCCCUCCUCGUCGCCGUGGCUUCCGCCGAGCCCGGAGUGUUGGGAUACAACAACUACAACGGCUAUAACGCCUACAACUCUUAUGGCUAUGGAUCUCCCUACGGCCACUACGCCGCCACCCCCGUGGUCAAGGCUAUCGCCCCCGUUGCCACCUCUUACGCCAACGUGCACUCCGUGAGCCACGCCGCCCCCAUCGCCUACGGAUACGGCCACAACGCUCUGGCCUACGGCCGCACCUACGGAUCUUACGGACACGCUUAUGGCGCCUACCCCGCCAGCUACGGCUACGGCUACAAGAACUACGCCCACGGCUACGGUCUCCACGGCCUCCACUACUAAGAAGCAGUUGCACCCCCAAAGACAACCAGUUCAAGACAUUUAACACCAUUUCGAUUAUUUAUUUUUUCACUCCAUCCCGUUUACGCUCAAUUGUUUUUCAAUGCCUGUAAAUCACGCCUUUUGUGAUAUUCAAGUACAUGAAAUAAAUUUUACCAGACUGAUUUGACAAAG